AAAAAGAGAAAUCUAAUAGCAUAGAGUCGAUGAAACAGGGUAGGAUUAGCAUACCUGAGAAUGACUGGAAUAGCCUUAACCCCCGCAGUGUACAAUCCAAUAACAAUCCCUUCUUCUUCUUCUUCUUCUUCUUCUUCUUCAUCUUCUUCCUUCAAAUCUCACAAACCCAAAACCAGAGUCUCAGUGUCAGUGCAGGCCUUCACCUCUGACCCCUUCGUUCUAGAACUCGCGGAAACCCUCGAAGACUCUGUCCCCUCCUCUGCUUCAACCCCACUCCCUCUCCAGAAGCUUCGUAACGCCUCCUCCGAAUCCCUUCUCUCAACUCCAUGGCCAUCGCGCAAAGACGAACCCUUUCGCUUCACCGACCUUUCCUUCAUUCGCCAAUCCCGAAUCCUCCCCGUCUCCCACCCCAUUUCCAUCCUCACCUCCCAAUUCCCGGAAGGAGUCUACGUCGGAACCCUCUCCGACCUCUCUUCCACUCCUCUCAUCCAAAGGCUCUCCGAAUUGCUCUGCAGCUUCCACGCCGGUGACUUGUUCUGGUCCAUCAACGGCAUCGCCGCUCCCGAUUUGACCGUCGUGUACGUCCCCGAGGGGUGCCACGUGGAAAACCCCGUCCACUUGGGGUACUUUCCGGGUGAAGUUAGUGGCGAGGGUUCCGACACGAUGCCGGUUUCCAAUCCUAGGGUUCUUGUGGUGGUGGAGAAGGGAGCAGAGGUGGAUGUAAUUGAGGAAUUUUCAAGCCCGCAAGGAAAAGAGAGAGAGUGUUAUUGGAGCAACGGUGCUUUGGAAGCAGUAAUUGGAGAAGGAGCAAAGCUUAGACACUCUUAUAUUCAGACCCAAUCAUUCGCUGCGGCCCAUAUAAAAUGGACCUCCGUUCGCCAGGAGUCAUCUAGUAAGUAUGAACUUACUGAGGUAAGCACUGGAGGAAAAGUGGGCAGGCACAAUCUUCAUAUACAACAACUGGGUCCUGACACCAUCACUGAAUUAUCCACUUUACACUUGUGUGUUGGUCAUCAAACACAGGAUCUCCAUAGUAGCCUUGUUUUGGACCAUCCACGGGGCUAUUCCCGGCAACUGCACAAGUGUAUUGUCGCUCACCCUUUGGGACAAGCUGUUUUUGACGGAAACAUUAAGGUUAACAGGUAUGCUCAGCAGACAGAUGCAGGACAGUUAACAAGAAGCCUUCUACUUGAACCCCGAGCAACGGUAAAUGUUAAACCAAAUCUCCAAAUCGUGGCUGAUGACGUCAAGUGCUCCCAUGGAGCGGCAAUAAGUGACCUGGAAGAAAGCCAACUCUUGUAUUUCCAAGCACGCGGCAUUGACUUAAAGAGUGCUAGAAGACUUCUAAUUUUUUCUUUUGGAGGGGAGGUGAUAGAAAAGUUUCCUCAUUCUUCUAUUAGAGACAGAGUACGAAGUCAGAUUAAAAAUUUGUUGGAUCCAUCUUCUAAUUCAUAAGCAUUGUAGGUGUGCGCUAAAUGUAAAACAUUUUAAAUUUCCUGGUAAAAUUGUGAGUUGAAAUCCAAAUAAAAUUAUUUUUCCCAACUCAUUGCUUCGACAAGAAUGAAGCUGUGUACUAUUGUACUGUGUAAUUGAUAAACAUUGCAAUUGCUGCGUUCAUGCUUCCCCGUGUACGAUUGAUUUCUAGUAGUAUUUUUUGAAAAUGUGAAAAAUGCAUUUGUGUUUGUGUAGUGAAAAAUCAUUACCUGUUCGC